CUGUUUCUUCUGUCUUGUGUUUGUAUUAGUUGUUUACUUUAUCGUCCACAUGUUUUUAAAAGCAAAUUCACCUACUAGCAUGUUCUCUGGCAUUGGGUAGAAGCGAAUUCUGUAAACUUACAGUUUAUUUUUGUAUGAGUUAAGUGAACAGAGAUAUAUUUAUAAUUGCGCAAUAUCCUAAAUAUUGGGUUUGCUUUCACAAUGUUAACUGUGUGUUCUGCUGUAAGGUUUACCUGCCGGCAGUUCCUGCACUUCAAGCAGCCAGAUAAAGUAUUGGCCAUAAGUCGUUACUUUGGCAGUCAAAGUGAUGAUUCAGACAGCUCCUCUGAUGAUGAUGAGGAUAAGAAAACGCCCAAAGAUGCAAAUAACGCAGAGACUUUGCGGAAGCUAAAUAUGCUUAUAAAUUCAAUGAUAGAGAAAGAGUUCUCAAAACCACAGCUGCAGUCGGCUGCUGAACUAAAAUUGGCUCAACCAAAACGGAAACGGAGGAAGGAAGAAACUAAGAAAGAAGAACAAGCUAAGCUCAUGGAAGACGAGAAAUUUGACCAGUCGUUGGAAAGUGCAGCCCGUGACGUGGCAGAAACGUUGAGCGGGGACGCGAAGCAGACAGAAAAGGAACUCCUCCAGAAACUGCUCUAUCGUUCCGGGAGUGACGAGCCAACUACGGAGCAGGAAGACACUACCUCUGCGGCAAAACCAGCCGCGGACCUGGGCCAGCUGAUAGCCGGGAUGAAGGUGGAGCAAGCAGCUCAGGGCGCUGCCCCGCCGGGGGAAGGCCGGGCCCAGCAGGUACGGAAGAUCCUGUCUCGGCGGGGCGGCCCCCCGUCGCAGCAGCGAGACUCGUGGCUUCAGCGGGAGGAGCGCGAUGCGCACAGGCAGAAACCUUCGCCUGGGAGGGUCAGUUUAUUCGAAGGCAAGCCAUUGGGAAUCUUCACGCCUGUCGACAAAUCGCAGCCACAGAAGGAUGAGGCCCCAGUGCUGGAAACUUGGCAGCGACUCCGGGAGCGCGAGCUGAAGCUGGCGGUGACACACCCGCCGUCGAACGUGUUCGAGGAGAUGAUUCAGUGGACAGAGCAGGGAAAGCUGUGGAAGUUCCCCAUCAACAACGAGCAGGGCAUGGAGGAGGAGGCGAAGGUGUUCUUCGCGGACCACGUGUUCCUGGAGAGGCACCUGGAGCCGUGGUGCCCCCCGCGGGGCCCCAUCCGCCACUUCAUGGAGCUGGUGUGCGUGGGGCUGUCCAAGAACCCGUACAUCACCGUCAGGGACAAGCGGGAGCACCUGGAGUGGUACCGCGACUACUUCGAGGGCAAGAGAGCGCUGCUGGCCGAGGUGGGGGCCCUCGGGGACGGCGCCCCGUCGCAGCAGGAUCCUGGGCCCCGGCAGGACGCUGUGCAGUAGGCCCUUGUGUUGCACUCGCUCACGCUAGCUUCUCUGUACACGCUACCAGAUAGCUGGGGACACGAUCAUAUGGUGAAUUGCGAUAAAACCAAAGUAACACCGAAAAGGAUGUCGAUACACCAUGUAAUACCGGAAUGCAAGUUAAUGCACCAUUAAGCAACCAAUAUCAUGAAAUAAAUCAGCAUUUUUAAUCGAAACGUAACUCAGAUCACAAACAUGUAAUAAUUAAUAUAUUAAAUUCAAUCAAUGUAAUGUAUUCAGCAUAAAGUUUUUACAAAAAUGUAGGUAUUUACUUAGUAGAUUGGAAAAAUUUUAUUUUACUCUCUUUUGGUCUUACAAAUGUUAUUAGUUACUCAUUUUUACAUUAUGAUGUUAAGAUGUUGGUAUAUUUUUCAAACAAGUACUUGCAAUUUUAUUUUUAUUGUUCACAAGUGCAUCAUCUAUCAGUCAAAAUGACAUUGUUUUGGUGAAAUAAGUAUUAUGAAACAUUGACAUAGUGUUCAAUAACACUGAAUUCUCCUGUUUUAAAAAUGUAAUUGGCCUAAAAAUAAAACCAUAAACUCUUGUAUCUACAGAUAGCUCCAUAUUAACAAUACUGGCGAUAGGUCUUGCUAAGAUAAUAUUUUUUAAUAAACUGAUAAUAAAUAUAUUUUUUGUUUGGAAACAUACAUUUUUCACUUGUAUGAGAAAAUUUUGAGUACUUUUACCAUUCUUUUGGCUAACAAUAAAAAAGAAAUGGAACUAAAGUUGUGUGCAAUAUUGGAUUCACAUGAUAGUGUGACCAUAUUUUAUCACAAAAAUCUUGGAACUUUAAAAUUGUAGUAGUCUCAAAAGUAUUUGGUAAAAAUGUUCCUGCACUUAAUUUAUUGGUACUAAGUACAAAGACAAAUAUUUCUCUUCAUAUUGGUUUUAAACAGUAGUGUUACACUUUGUGAAGACUUUUUAAAAUUAAAUUAAUAUAAUAGUGUACAAAAAGCAGAUGUAAACAGUUUCUUUAUACCUUCUAACUUGUAAACCCAAGCUUUAUGUUUGUUAGUUUGUACUAGAAGAGUACAAUGGACAAUUGUUUUUUCAUAUAUGUACCAAUAUUUAUUUAAUUCUCAUCAAAUUAUUUUUAUGUAUAUUCCUGCAUAAAAAAUUGUAAUUUUUUUUCUAUUAUUUGUUAAAAGUUAUGAUUUUUUUUCCUGUCGGCUUUUUGUACAAUAACCCAAACAACCUUAGCUUACUAGGUUCUUUGUGGUCUGCUUUUGUUCUAAGCUGUCUUUAGUAUCUUCAUUAUUUGUGUUAAGAACUGAAUAGGGUUAAAAUAAUCAAAAUCAGUCGACAAUAGUACAGAACUAUUACUGAUCAAUAAUCACUACUGAAAAAGAGGAUAUUAAAAUAAUUUUGGUACUUUUAGAAUUAUUUAGUAAUUAAUAUAUAUGGAAUCCUGUAGUUGCACAGAUAUAUAUGCCUAUAAUUUAACUGUACCAGGUGUUAAAAGUUUUUGUUUGGUAAUACAAAUAAAACCAAUUUCUUUAGUUUUGAGAUUGACUAUUAGCACUGACAUUGUCAUUCACCCUGAAAAUGCUAUAACAAGGGUACCGGUAAUAAAAUGGAAGAAUUCUGUGUGCAUAAAUAUUGUAAUAAACAUAACUUAUUUUCUUUAAAAAAUUUGAUUAUUCCACCUUGUCCUUCAGUAAAACCAGAGAUCUCAGAUAGAAGAGGUUAGUGAAGUACUGUUCAGUAAAUGGUAAAUGUAAAUGCUGUGUGAAUUUGAACAUUUGCACAUGCUGGCAAGAUAAUAUACCGUACCUACUUCACAGAUCACGGGCUAGUAAACAAAACAGUGUUAUUUUUUGGCAUACUGGCAGUGGUAAAUAUCUAAGCCCGUGUAUAACCUGAAUGGUCUUUUAAAGUAUUGUGGGAAUCUGAAUUUAAGUUUAAUCAAUUAUGAAUAAAAUUAUUUGCAUAACUUCUUACGACCUUAUGGUCAUCCUUCCACUGCUCCUGUGCUCCUGUCAAGCAAGGAAUGUUAGCAGAGCACCUAGGAUAUUUACAUUGUGUGGGUACUUAAAUAUUUUUUUUUUUUGCUCCGUACAUCCUCAUUUCACAGAUUACCAUUUUGCAUUGCAUUACUUCCCAUUUUUUUUAAUUUUUGGUCAGGAGCAACAGGUCUGUUUUGCUUCAGUUAGGAACAGCUUACAAGUUCUCACUUCGGUCCUUGGCUAGGCAGGUUCUGCUGCAAUACAUCCUUACUUAUUAAAUAUUGUUGACUGAUUGUGUGUGUAAGUUACAUUUUGUACUUUUUGAAUGAAAAGUAUUUUAAUUUUAAUAGUUAAAAAAAAAAUGUAACUGUUUCUGUAAAUAAAAAGCAUGUUGAUCUCCAGCA